AUGCGCCUCGUGCCGACGCUCGCCAGCCGCGGCGUCGUCCACCUCGCCUCCGCCGCCCUCGCCGCGACGAUGCUCGCCUCCUCCUACUCCUCCGCGUCGGCGAGGACGGUGGUCGACUUUUCGGCGCCGUCGACAGCGGCUGCCUUCGCCGCCGUGGACGACCGCGUCAUGGGCGGCGCCAGCACGUCUCGAGUGGUGCACGAGGACGGCGCGGCGCUCUUUGAGGGCAACCUCAUCGUCGAGGGAGGCGGCUUCGCGAGCGUGCGGUACUUGGGCGAGAUUUCACUCUCGCCCGAGGCGGAGGCGCUGUCGCUGGAGGCGAGGAGUGACGGGAGGAAGGGCUACAAGCUCACACUGAACAGCGCCGCGGCACCUCAGGGCGUCUCGUAUCAGCUCGUCCUGCCGCAGCUCGACGAGGGCGCGCCGUUCGAAAGGUUGCGGCUGCCGUUGGCCGACUUCAAGCCGUCGCUGCGCGGCCGGCCUGCUACCGACGCGCCGCCGCUGCGGGCUGCAGACGUUCGCGGCCUCGGCCUGAUGCUGAGCCGGUACGAGAGCGGUGGCGGGAUAAAGGAGCCGAUUGCGCCGGGCUCGUUCCAGCUCCGCCUACGAAGGCUUGCCGAGGCGGAGAGCGAGCUGGCGAUCAACGGCCGGAGGUGGGUCAACCCGCAGUGA